AUGACCCCAUUGACCCAGACGUUUCCGGAUGAAUAUCUGCCGAAACGGUUGGAUACAAAACCCCAACCGGAAGACAAUACGAUGCAGGAUAUGUCCGACGAACCCUCAUCUGUGCCAUCUGUGAAUACGACCCAACCCAAACCAUAUCUUCCCACAGUCUCAUCAUGCGACACUGUCUGUUACCUUGAACCUCCAGCACACGAAAUGCUCCAAUGCGCCAAACGUUCCUCUGACCAUUCUUCCAUCCUGACUGAACCACCAGAAAAACCGAUCACUUGUCAACAAUUUCGAAGUCGAAGCGAAAUCGUUCUUGGUCAAAAAGAAUCCGCUCGUGCAAUCACAUCCGGUGCGUUGGAGAACCUAAUUGAUCCGGAUGAUGAUUGGUCCAGUCUAGCGGGACAGUUAUUGAUCCAUUUGAAUUUAAAUAUGGUCCAACUGGAUCCGGGGGCUUUUGUCGGUCUGCAAACAUUAGUGACCGAGGUACGCCUGUUGAACACUGUAUUUAUGCAUCCGGACAGUUUCCUCGAACUCAGGCAUUUGCGUGCAUUGGAAAUUGACAGCGGUCUCACACCGGUACCACUCACGGACACGUCGAACACGGAAUCCGACGACUGGAGCAAAUCGACACAACCGGACAAGCCCAUGUUUUUAAGGCUACGUCCGGCCGAUAACAGUGUGCCCAUUAGUUUCAAUUUGGAAACGGAAUGUCAUCAGUGUGUGACAGGGAAUAGCACUGCAUCGGACACAGAUAUGAUUAUUGUGGUAUUCACCGACUCACGUGAUUCGCAGCAGAAAAAGAUCAAACAGUCGUCACUCUAUCAUCAACCACAAUUCAGUAUGCUGUUCCCGCAAACCUGUCCAAAAGUGGCUCGCGGUUUGGGCUGCCCACAAGACGACACUGGGACCGAAGAUCAAACGGUCACUAUCAUUGUGGAUCAGAACCGCACGAAUGACGUGAGCAUGACCGAUUUUCGUGAUACACGCAUUAUUGUGGCCGAGGAAAAAACCCCAUCAUUACUGAUUCUGUUGAGCAUAUGGUGUUCUGUGUUGACUCUGGUGAUUGUGGUGAUUGUCUGUGUGGUGUACUUUUGCACAAAACGCUGGAACAGUCGUAAACCCGUGCCGAAAUGGUUUCCUGCACCAUGUUUUUCCCAGCCACCAUCAUCACCGGAUAAUUUAAGUUCCAGUUCGUCGAACAGUGGAUUUUACAAUCGACAGUCGAGUUUUCCACCGCCGGAGAAAAGUGCGAUUUAUCCGAAAGUGAUGAUGGACUCUCAGACGUCGUGGAACAGUCUACGCACGAAGCCUCCGCGUUCCACAAGUGCGCACAGUUUGCGUGAAAAACAUCACCGGGCGGUACUGCGUGCAUCCAGAGCCUCGAUCGAUCGAAUCCGACAUGCCGGCCCGGCCAGACGAAGUAUCGGCAGUCAAACAGAUUUCACCGAGAUGGAUUCAGAUGCGGCGGUCUAUUCCAGCCUUCGUCGUGCUGGAAUGAUGUCACGUGACUAUUUCGGUCAGGAUCCACCAAUGCGCACGUCCAGUCAGUUCGCGCUAUCACGAAUGCGAUACAACCCUCGACUGGAUGGCACACUGGCAUCGAAUCCGGAUCGCCGAGUUGCCUAUCCCGUGCAGGUGAGAUACCCAAAUCAGAAAAUAUUUGUUUUGCCGGUAGAGCUGGACCCAACUGAUCUCGAGCAGGAAAUGUUCAUACCCAUGGACACUGAAACAGCGGUUAAUCCGCAAGGUCUUCCACCUCUGUAUCCGACUUCAAAAGCGGGAAACCAAUCACCAGCACCUUGGCGUAGACACAUUCAAAACGGCUUGUCUUUAGAUGUGUAA